AUGAAAUUGACAGGCGCGUUCGCCGAGAAGUUUGUCAAGUUUGGAGCCUAUUCCCCGACUCCACUCUCUUUGAAAAAACUUACCGCAUUCGCCCAAGGUGGCUCAGCCAUAAAGUCUGCCAUAUUCCUAUGCGAUGAGCUGCCCGUGCGCCUGGCCAACAUUAUGCAAGAAAUUCAGCUCCUUCCCGAUCGAUUGAUUCAAACACCUUCGGCGUCAUUAGUGAAUCGUUGGUAUGAGCAGAGUUUCUGUGAGUUGGCGGAGUUCGAUGCUUCUGAUUUGAAUGAGAAGAUGUUGGACAAAUUCAAUCAGAAACUGGCGCAAAUUCGAAAUCGUCAUACAACCACAGUGGAAACCAUGGCUCAAGGUGUAAUGGAAAUGCAGGAGAGACACAAAACUGACCUAAUCACAAACAAUCAAGUGCAGUAUUUCCUCGACCGUUUCUACAUGAUGCGUAUCAGCAUACGAAUGUUGAUCAAUCAACAUUUGCUCAUGUUUGGCUCGGAUGUGAACAAACACAUGCGCUUUGUGGGCUCCAUCGAUCCGCAUUGCAAUGUGCUGGAGAUUUUGGAAGACGCUUACGAAGAUGCGAAAUUCCUCUGUGAACAUUACUAUUCCACUGCGCCAGAAAUGAAAGCGGAAACUGUCGGUGGUACGUCCGGAUCGUUUCAGUUGUGA